AUGUCUGAUUCUAAAGUACAAGCAUCUGUGCUUCAUGGUGCUAAGGAUCUCAGAGUUGAAGACCGCGAUCUGCCUGCUCCCUCUGCCGAUGAAGUCCAAAUUGCCGUCGAGGCCACAGGGCUCUGUGGCUCCGACCUUCACUACUAUUCUCACUACCGGAACGGCGACAUCAUCGUUUGCGAGCCCUUGACUCUCGGUCACGAGUCCGCCGGCACUGUCACUGCUGUUGGCUCGGCUGUCACGAGCCUAGCUGCUGGUGAUCGCGUAGCCCUCGAAGUCGGCCUGCCUUGCGGGUCAUGCGAUCUCUGCGCUCAGGGCCGUUACAAUAUCUGCCCAGGCAUGAAGUUCCGCAGCUCUGCAAAAGCCAACCCUCAUGCGCAAGGCACGCUGCAGGAGAGGGUGAACCACCCCGCGAAAUGGGUUCACAAACUCCCCGAUGCCGUAUCCCUCGAACUUGGCGCCUUGGUCGAACCUCUCUCUGUCGCGAUGCAUGCCCGCAACCGCGCCAACCUGCCUUCCGGUUCCACGGUGCUUGUGCUGGGAGCUGGUGCUGUAGGCCUGCUCGUUGCGGCUGUCAGCAAAGCCGCAGGGCAGACUGUUGUCAUUGCCGACAUCCAGUCCGAUCGCGUAGACUUUGCCACAGCGAACGGCUACGCUGACGCUGGCGUUGUCGUCCCGCCCAAGAGGCCACAAGCCAUUGAGGAGAAGCUUGCCUAUGCCAAGGAGGUUGCGGACCUUGUCAAGCAGGCACAAGUCCAGGGCAAGGCAGUCGGAGAGGUUACUGCCACAUAUGAGUGCACUGGUGUAGAAACCUGCAUGCAGACGGCCAUCUACGCCACGAGACCCGGCGGCAGGGUCAUGAUCAUCGGCAUGGGUACUCCCAUCCAGACCUUGCCAAUCUCGGCAGCGGCUCUGCGCGAGGUCGACCUUGUCGGUGUCUUCCGCUACGCGAAUUGCUAUCCUAAGGCCAUUGACCUCAUCGCGAGCAACCCCGCGGGCCUGCCCUCGCUUCAGAAACUUGUUACACACAGGUAUCAGGGUCUUGCCAACAUUGCCGACGCCUUUGGCAUGGCCGCUCGCGUCAAGGAUGACGAAGGCAAUCUUGUGCUCAAAGUUAUGGUCGAUUUAACAUCGUAG